AUGAUCUGGAUCAAACCUGAUACAGGUUCAAACUUUGUGAUUCUGUGGGCCAAUGUGCACUCCUACACUAUAGUCAGGAGACGUCAGGUGACAAGCAAGCGCCAAAGGGAAAUUGUGUCUGCUCCAAACGGCUCGGUGUGGAGUACUGAAACACUUUGCACCGACAUGGCGUCCGGUCCCCCGCCCCCUGGAUCCGAAGUCUACACCUCCGGUUACGAUGCCAAUCUGAUGAAGAUGCAAAUGGCCAAGACUCCAGAGGUCCAAGCAGCUUUUCUGCUGCCGUACCUGAAGCCAGGGCAAGCGCUUUUGGACUGCGGAUGCGGUCCGGGGGGGCUCUCUUUGGGGUUCGCAAGGCUGGUUUCUCCAGGGGGGAGAGUGCAUGGGAUCGACAGAGAAGCUGAAAUGGUGCAAAAGGCGAAUGAGAAUGCGGAGGCGGCUGGGCUUGCGGAUGUUGCGAAGUUUCAUCAGGCGAAUGCGUACAGCCUGCCUUUUGCUGACGCCACAUAUGACGUCGUCACCGGUUGGGGCCUGAUCCUGUACCUGAGUGACCCCCAGAAGGCCAUCCGGGAAAUGCUUCGCGUCCUCAAACCGGGGGGCGUAAUAGCGUUUCUGUCUGCGGACUGGGGGGGCUGUUUGUACACGCCCGAGACCCCCGGGGUGGUGGCAGCUAUGCAAUACUUCGAAAAGAUGAUGGCCAAGGACGGGGGCGACGCGCACUGCGGGCGGAAGCUGAAGCGGAUGAUCGCUGAAGCGGGCUUGGAGCCGUUACACGUGGGCUACCGGUACGAUCCAAACAUUAUCUCGCCGGACGUGGGAGCGGACUUUCUUGCAAAGCAUGUCACGGAGUCUGUGGAGAAGCAGGGGGCUCUAGAAAAGGGAUGGACCACGAAAGAGGAGGCCGAUGCCAUGCUGUCGGGGCUUGAGGAGUUCAAGUCGGACCCAGAUGCCGUCUUCGUCGUGUCCUUUUGUGAAGUCGCUGGUCGGAAGCCGGUCUGACUGCGUCAGCCUGGCAGGGUUGAAUAUCGCAGAUAGCUUAUGUACAAACGUUUCUGUACAUGUAUAUACGAUCUCGAUUGAAAAAUUCCUUUGAAGCUAGCAGUCCGCCG